AUGUUACUUGAUAGAAUCAUUGUAGCCAAGCAUUUAUUAAAAGCAUCUCAGAAUGCUAAAUUAUUAAAUCACAUAACUAGCACUCCAGGAUACGCUACCAGAAACCUCAGUUACCUAUCAAUCAAAAGCCCAAAAAAUUAUCCUGUAUCAUACUCUUCAGUGUCUAAAUUUUCUACUAUUUCUUUCAUAUAUGUCAGAUCAUUUUCAUCGACCUUGGCAGACCGCAAACGCGCCUCGCAUGGACCCAAGAUAAAAACAACUGCCCUUCCCGAACAAGAUCCAUCACGCUUAUCUCAUUCCGUUCUUCUCCGCGAAGCAAUCUCUCGUAAGGAUGCGCAUUUGUCUUGGCUAGUUUACACCACCGAGAAGCGACGUGGUUUAUCAUACAUCGACUAUCGUGACUUGGCCAACUUAUUGAAAGCACACGUAACUGCUAGUAAGGACGGCAACCUGAUUAAUACGCUUAUUACGCAACUAGAAAAAAUCUUAUCCGAUGUUAGGAGAUCAAAACUCGUAUAUGACGUGGACGUCUUUAAUUCUUUGCUGGUUUCUUAUGCGCAGGAUGAGAAAUAUUUUAGUCGUUUGGAAUCACUAUGGGAGGGUAUGAAACGGGAUAAUGAAUUGAGCAUCAAUACUUUAACGUGUUGCACUAUCAUCGAUGCGUAUGCUCGAUAUACGAAUGAUAUUGGCAGAUUGAAAGAGCAAUACAAGACAAUGAAAGAACAUACACUGGAUAGCGUGACGUAUGCCAAGCUAAUUAGUACAUACGCGGCACUUGGAAGAAUUGAGGAUACUUCCGAGCUACUUAAUGACUUGGAAUCGUCUACGAUUACACCAGAACCCCAUGCAUACAAUGCUCUUAUUCAGGGAUACAUACAAGAACAUCAGGAUAUGGCCUCUGCUAUGAACGUGUACCGUCGAAUGAUUAAUAAGAAUAUAGUUCCUAAUACGUAUACUUUUACCUUGUUAAUUAGGGGAUACAUGGACAGUCAUGACAUAACAGCAGCGUUAAACCUAUUCCAAUCGGAAAUGAUAGAAAAAUACAACAUCACCGUCGAUAUAGUCACAAUGAACGUAAUAAUCGGUGGUUACAUGAAAUUAGCGACGACUGCACAUGCCAUUGGUGAUAUCAAUGGCACAGAAGAAAAUCUUAACAAGGCUCGCGAUUGGUAUUUGACUCUUCGAGGCAUGGGAAUGAAUCCAACUGCCGUUACGUUCAAUACAUUAAUCGGUGGUUUUGGCUCAUGUGGCAAAAUAGAUGACGUGAACCUAACUGUUCGAGAAAUGCAGAAUCUCCACGUCAUGCCGACUCUAAUUACGUUCCAUCAUCUGGCCCAACUAUAUGGCGAGCUGUCCAACAUCGAUGGAAUAAAACUAGUAUGGGAGGAUUUGACAAAAUUAAAGAUUGAGCCCAACGAGAGGACAUUUGGCAUCUUUAUCAAGUCUGCCAUCGCUGCUGGAUCACCAAGUUUGGCAACAGAGUUUCUAAAGAUAUGCGAAAACUGGGCAGAAACUAACAACAAAAUGUAUAUCUUUAAGAGAGUGUUAAAAUACUCCCGUCAGGUUGGAACGGAUAAUAACAGAUUUUUAAAAUCAGUUAACGAGGUUUGGCAAAAUGACGUACACAAGAACAAACAGUCGGGUUGA